CACCAAACAAACGGUCCGGAUAACGUCUUCCUUCCUUCCUUCUCCCUCCGCCUCUCCCACUCCCAUGGCGACCACCACCACCACCAUCUCCUCCUCCCUCGUAACCCCUCCGCCCACGGCCAGGGCCCUCCACCACCACCACCGCUGCCCCUCCCGCCUCCCUGUCGGGGCUGCGCCGUCCUUGGCCUUGCGGGCGAGGCGCCGCCGCCCGGCGAUGGUGGCCGCCUCCUCGUCGCUGCUCGAGGCGCCCGAGGAGGUGGCAGCGCGGAAGCUCUACGUCGGGAACAUCCCCAGGACGGUCACCAACGACGAGCUGGCCGCCAUGUUCGCCGACCACGGCACCGUCGACCGCGCCGAGGUUAUGUAUGACAAGUACACUGGUCGCAGCCGGCGCUUUGGCUUUGUCACGAUGAGCACGCCGGAGGAGGCUAACGCCGCAAUUGAGAGCCUGAAUGAGACUGAGGUUGGUGGCAGAAAAAUUAAAGUUAAUGUGACGGAGAGCUUCUUGCCGAACAUAGACCGGUCUGCGCCAGAACCAGAGCCUGUAUUUGUGGACAGUCAGUACAAGGUUUAUGUUGGUAAUCUUGCGAAGAGCGUGACCACAGAGAUGCUUAAGAACUUCUUCUCUGAAAAGGGACAGGUUCUCAGUGCGACAGUUUCUCGGAUUCCUGGAACCUCAAAGUCCAAGGGAUAUGGCUUUGUCACCUUUUCUUCAGAUGAAGAAGUUGAGGCUGCAGUUUCUACUUUCAACGAUGCGGAAUUGGAAGGGCAGCCAAUCCGUGUGAAUAAAGCAUAGGCAUCUAGCAGAUAUUUCCAAAUGGAUUGAUGACACUUCGGGAUCCCUUUGAGGCUAGAGGAACUCUGUGAACACCGACUGAGGGGAACUUUGAGGCUAGAUAAUUUGUAACGAAGUGGAAGACCUUUGAAUGCAAUUUCACUCUGCAACUAAACAAAUUUUGUAUAAUAACAGCAUAUGUGAAGUAAUUCGAUUGGUGUUCAUAUAAAGCAUAUGUUGUUCCAGCAGCACAUUUUCUUUGUUUAGUUAUGUGUCUUAUUUGUUCACCUCAAUUAAAUAGUAUACUUGGCAAUAAUCUUAGAGAUUACUUG